AUGAUGAUUCGUGUCCAACUCAUUGUCUUGUUAGCUCUGCCGUUGAUCGCUCUUGGUCAAAAACAUGGCACAUGCACAGCUAGAAAUGGUCGCAAAGGAGAAUGUAUUAGCACCAGCAGUUGUAAAACCUUAGGCGGAACAUCAGAUCCAGCAAAUCUCUGUCCUGGUGACCAAACCAUUCAAUGUUGUACAUACCGCACAUGUACAAACAGCAAAGGUGUUGGUGGUCAAUGUCAACCAACUUCGACUUGUUCAGGAAGCUCUGAUCCAGCUAACCUUUGUCCCGGUGGUAACAACAUUCAAUGUUGUACAACUGGAUCUGCACCAACUGGUGGACCCGGUCCAAGUAAACCAGUGAACACCAUGCUUACCGGUUUGGCUGACAUUCUCCGCGGUGCUGGUCUCAAUGUUGUUGAAGUUGCCGGUUGGAGAACUCGUGGUCACGGUGUCAUGUCAUCUGUCAAAGGUAUUGUCGUUCACCACACAGCUGGCCCAGCUUCAGGAGAUUACCCAUCGCUGACUGCUAUUCGUGACGGCAUCUCCGGUCUUGCAGGUCCACUAGCCCAACUCGGACUCGGUCGAUCAGGAACAUGGUUUGUCAUUGCUGCUGGUCGCUGCUAUCAUGCUGGUAGUACCAUCGACGAUUCAGUUUAUGGAAACAACAACGCGAUCGGUAUCGAAGCUGAAGGAGUUGGUCUCCCAGCAACUGAUAGUGGACACAAUCACUGGCCUGAAGUGCAAUAUCAAAGCUAUCUCAGGGGAGUCCGAGCACUUCAAAAAGCUUAUGGCGUUCCUUCUGCACGUGUUCUUGGUCAUAAAGAAGCAGCCGUACCAAGAGGUCGCAAGAUCGAUCCUAAUUUCUCAAUGAAUGAAUUUCGUGCCGCUCUAUGA